UAUUAUCUGUAUUCUGUUCAAGAAGCAGUUAAUAGUUAUAUUGUUUGCACUUUCCGAAAAUAAAUAAUAAAACGUUUUAAUCUUAUUAUUUAUUAAAAAGAAUAAUAUCAAUAAAUCAGGAAAUUGGAUUGAAUAUAUAAAAUAACUGACAAUGGCUCGAAAUGCUGAAAAGGCUAUGACUACUUUGGCUCGCUGGAGAGCAGCCCAAGUUCAAGAAGCUGGAGGACAGCGCGAGCGGCGGCCUUACUUAGCAUCAGAAUGUAAUGAUCUACCACAAGCCGAGAAGUGGAGACUCCAAAUUGUAAGAGAAAUUGCUAAGAAAGUGGCACAAAUACAAAAUGCUGGACUUGGAGAAUUUCGGAUACGCGAUUUGAAUGACGAAAUUAACAAGUUAAUGCGGGAAAAACGUCAUUGGGAAGUGCAGAUAAGAUCACUAGGCGGGCCGGACCAUGCGAGAGUGGGCCCCCGGAUGUUGGACCAAGAUGGCAGGGAAGUGCCAGGAAAUAGGGGAUACAAGUAUUUUGGUGCCGCCAAGGAUUUACCAGGAGUGAGAGAAUUAUUCGAGCAAGAGCCUCCACCUCCGCCGCGUAGAACUCGCGCCGAUCUGAUGCGUGACGUGGAUGCAGAUUACUACGGGUACAGAGAUGAUGAUGAUGGGCUCCUGGAACCGUUGGAGAAGGAAGCAGAGAAAGACGCAAUAGCGAGAGUAAUGGACGAAUGGGAAAGAAAUAAAGAGCAGAACACGGAAGAAGAUUUACCCGAAGAGGAGAAUAUCUAUCCAGAAGACCCUGAAGACAAAAGACUAGAAGACGACGAAGAAAAGCCAGUUUCACACGUAGCAGUGCCUUCACAGAAAGAUGUAGAAGAAGCAUUACUCAGAAGAAAGAAACAAGAGUUAUUGGAGAAAUAUGGAUGUCUCGAUGUAAAGAUUGAAGGAAGUUGACCUUAGUUAAAAAUAAAUGUAUUUUUACAAAAAA